AUGUUUGAUAUCAAGAUUUCCCUCUCUUCUCUCCGACUAUGCCGCCGGAAAACCAAAUCUCCGGCGACCACCCACUUCUUCUCCCCCUUUAACCCGAAAACCGUCGAGAUCGCCUACCCUACCACCCCCUCACCACCCCCCACCACCCCUAUCUACCCUCCCCACGUCACCAAAUGCUCUGAUGAACCGGGCUUUAGUUUUUCUAAUGAAAGUGGUGGUGUGUGUCAUGAGGUGAUGAAGGAGACACUGACGGUGGUGCGGUGGUCGGAGCACCCGUUGGAUGAUUUCAAGGUGUCCAUGUUGGAGAUGAUAUUGGAGAAACAAAUGUUUGAAGCUAAGGAUUUGGAGCAGCUCUUGCAGUGCUUUCUAGCGCUGAAUUCGCGAGAUCAUCAUGCGGAUAUCGUUGCAGCGUUUACCGAGAUUUGGGAGAUUUUAUAUCGUUGA